AUGCUGUACAAUUCGUUGACCGAUAUUCCUCGUAACCUCAAGGAGGGCAUUGACUGGUUGAUGGCCGUCAAGGGAAGUUGUGACGAGAACAACUGGAAGGCUAUGGUUGGCGCAGUUCACCAUCUGUUCUCAAAACACUCUGCUAGAUAUCAGCAGUUGCCAGCUCUCGAGAAAAUUAAAAGCGUAGCCAAGGAGUUCCUGCAGAAACCGGGGCUGAGGGAUAACGUGGUCGCGAAAGAAGUACUGGAAUUGUUCGAUACUCUGGAUAGCGCCGCAAAGACAGGGGAAAAGGCCUCCCCAUACAAAUACUAUGAUGAGAAUGGACACGCCAUAAGAGUCAAGGGUGCAAAACCUGAAUACAUCGAACAGACCUUACGCAAAGUUGUGGAUGGUUGUGAAAAGUUCUUGGAAGAUAUAAAAAGACCUGAAACGUACAGGUCUGCUUACAGUUCAGAAGCGACUUGGGAGGCAUCAUGUUCGGAGAAGCCGGAAGAUUGCGCAGUGGUCCUCGUGGGAAUUGCGCCAAUGUUGUACGCAGGUCUACAAUCGUUGUCGGAUGUGGCCGAACAGGACAACGGAUGGUUCAUCAGUGUAACAACAUAUAAGAAUCCGGGAGAAGUGUUGAUACCUCUGGGUUACUACUCGUCGGAAUGCCGCGCUGACCUAAAUGGCGCAGAAAUAUUCAGGAUUUUUAAUAGUUUGGAUGAAGAUUUAUUCCACAAAACGUAUGCCCUCGCAGGAUUUGACACUUUUUACGGAUCUGAUAUGGUGCAGAAUCUGCCAGUUGAGCAAUCUAUUAAACCUGUACAACUUGUAGAGGAAGCCGUAGUAGCUCAAACAUUUGUAGGCUCUGCGAAAGCAGGCAAGAGUGCGAAAGGUACAAAAUUAGGAAAGUCGGGGAAACAUGGAAAACCCGAGAAAUCUGGGAAACAUGGAAAAUCCGGGAAAUCUGGGAAACAUGGAAAAUCCGAAAAAUCAGGAAAACACAGUAAAGCUGGAAAAUAA